AUGGCUGAUGCUAGACGUUUACCGGUAUUAAAAUUAAUGGCUCCUGCUCUUGCAAAAUUUCCAUCUUAUACAGGCCAAGAACCACCUGAUGAUUACUUGAAUAAAGUUAUUCAAUCAUGGGCAUAUCUUGAAGGGCAUAUGACAGUUCUUGAGAAUGCAAAUGCAGGAGAUUUUGACAAUGCAGUCAAGUGUAAUAUUUUAAAAUCUAUGAUGGGUGAAAAAUAUAUUUCAGUACUAGCAAAUAAUAAUUUUGUAGUAAAAAAUCCAGCUAUAAAUUCUCCAGAUACAUUACGGGCUUGGAUGAGAGCAAAAUAUCAGCGAGAAACUCCUUAUGAUACUCCUGAUACCUAUGAAGCCAGAAUUCGACCACUAUUAUUAGGAGUAGCAGACAAUGAUGCACAAGUUUUGGGAUUUCUUAAAAGUCAUUUAACAGGCAAUUUUUAUACUUGGAUGAGAAUUGUUAAUCCUGUAGGCAUUAAUGCAUUUUUUACUGAACUAAAAAAUAUGUGGCUAAAGCAUAGGCAAAAUUUGAGUGGAAGGAUCCCAGAGAAAUCAAGUCAAAUUGUUAAUCAAGUUCAAGCCUUACCUAGUAUAAAUCCAGUAUCCUAUUCUUUACCACUAGUUACCUCAGCUCCUCAACAGCAAGGGCAUACAAUUUCUUUAGAAGAUAUGCAAAAAGCAAUUCAGAAUGCACUAGUGCAACAAAAAACUGAAAACCAGACAUUAGUAAAGAAAGUUACAGAAUUAGAAUCUCAAAUGGCUAAGCAAACUGCUCCUCAAACUUUUGAAGCAGUUAGACAGCCAAGAGGUCUACUACCUUCAUUACAAAUGGAAAAAGAUAUGAAAAAUUAUUAUUUAUCACAAUACUUAAAUAAUUUAGAUAUAUUUAGUACAGAAGAUUUAGAGAGAAAUUAUCCUAUAAAGCCUUUUCAAAAACCUCAUCCAGAAUGA